GGCGUGUUGUAUCUGGGAACAUUAAUUUCCAUGGUCAUGAGAUGUCGAUGUGGUGGUCACAAUCAUGAGAUGUUGCAUCUUGUAGAGUAGAAAGAAAUACAGUAGUAGUUGUGUUAUUUAAGGCUUGAAUCCCAACUCCUUAUUCCUGAUUCAAGCUAAAAGUAGUUAUUGCGCACCUUGUACAAUGGAUGUUUCCAUAUUAUGUCUUCUUCCCAUCCUGAUUCUUCUUCUUUCCAUCCUGUUUAUUCUUCAAACAAAAAAGAUGGUUAUUGUAGAGAGGAAUGUAAACGUCCCUCCUGGCCCUUCUAGGCUUCCCAUCAUUGGGAAUUUGCACCAAAUUGGCAAGCUCCCCCAUCGCUCCUUAUGGCAACUAGCGAAGCAACAUGGCCCUCUGAUGCAUUUACAGCUGGGCCAUGUAUCAACAGUGGUGAUUUCCUCAGCCAAAAUGGCCGAGGAGGUUCUUAGGACUCAUGACCUUCAGUUCUGUAGCAGGCCUCCCCUAGUUGGACCCAGAAAACUUUCUUACCAAUUCAAAGAUAUAGCUUUUUCGCCAUUCGGAGAGUACUGGAGAGACUUGAAGAAGAUUUGUUUUGUCCAACUUUUCAACACAAAGAAGGUGCAGUCGUUUCAAUUCAUAAGGGAGAACGAGGUGGAUCUGAUGAYCGACUUGAUAGCAAGAUCUUCCUGUUCUUCGCCUGGUACUCCUAUUAACAUUAGUGAAAUCAUGCUUUCCCUUGUCAACAACAUCAUCUGUAGGAUUGCUCUGGGUAAGAGGUUUCAAGAUGAAGUGUGUACAAGAAGUAGAUUUCAAGACAUGCUGCAAGAAGCACAGGCUUUGUUGGGUGGCUUCUAUGUUGAGGAUUACUUCCCAUCCAUUGGCUGGAUAAUCGAUGUGCUAAUUGGACAAACUUCUAGGCUUGAAAAGAAUUUUAGAGAAAUGGAUGAUUUCUAUCAAUCUGUCAUCGAUGAGCACCUAAAUUCUGAGACACAGGAAGUGCUGGGCCAUGAAGAUAUCAUUCAUGUCUUGCUUCAAAUAAGAAAGGAUGCAAUUGGUGGAAUUGACCUCACCAUAGACCACAUAAAGGCUGCCCUCAUGGAUAUUUUUGUUGCUGGAACUGAUACAAGCACAGCAGCCCUUGUUUGGGGAAUGACAGAGCUCAUGAAGAACCCAAGAGUGAUGAGAAAAGCUCAAGACGAAAUUAGAAAUGCAAUUAGGAAGAAAAGAAUGGUGGAAGAGAGUGAUCUUGAACAGCUUCAAUACCUCAGGGCAGUGGUGAAGGAGAUCCUAAGAAUGCACCCUCCUGGUCCAUUGCUCGCUCCACGGGAAACCAUGGAGGAAUGUAAGAUCAGUGGAUAUAACAUUUUCCCUAAAACAAGGGUUAUUGUGAGUCCAUGGGCUAUUGGAAGAGAUCCUAAGUGUUGGGAAAACCCAGAAGAAUUUUACCCAGAAAGGUUCAUGGAUGGUUCCAUUGAUUUUAAAGGACUCCAUUUUGAACUUGUACCAUUUGGAGCAGGCAGAAGGCAUUGUCCUGGGAUAAACCUUGGAGCAGCAAUUGUGACUCUUGCACUCUCAAAUAUUCUCUACUCAUUCGACUGGAAAUUGCCUUGUGGAAUGAACAAGGAAGAUAUCGACAUGGAAGAGACACCUGGUCUCACUACUCACAAGAAAUUGGCUCUUCACCUUGUUCCCAUCUCAUAUAAUCAGCACCUCUAGGCUCUAGGCUAGGCAGAAAUAUGAAUUUGAUCCCAUUGGUAUAAUUGGGGCUUAUUUUUAUGUGUCAAUAACAAUCUAUCGUGAUGGAGAGUUGUUGAUCUGAAUGGAAAUUGUAGUUUAUUAGUCCUACUUUAACAUGGUGUAAGACAAUAGAUUUACAUAAAUGGAUAUUUUGGGGCACAGUGGGGACCAUGGAUCCCUUGGGUCCCCCCUAGUUCCACCUUAAUUUGAUGGCAACCCUUCAAUUAA